CUGCCUCGCAGUCAAGAGCGCGUCGACAGCUUUCGACUACCUUUUGUUUGUCGCAUGCGUACCUCACACAUACCUGAUAAACACGUGAAUUCGCGCCGCGCUGGAGUCGCCUCCUUCCAGAACGCGUCUUCCCAAAUUCCAGCGAGCUUGAUGCAACAAACUCCAUGGAUAAACUGCUCGAUGGGCUGAAUCGAGCCCAGAGGCUGGCAGUGACCUCGCCUUCACUUGCUUUGCAGGUUCUGGCACCGCCCGGAUCUGGCAAAACCAAAACGCUCACUGCUCGUGUCUCUUACCUCAUCACCGAACGGGGACUUCAACCAUGGAAUAUCAUUGUCUGCACUUUUACCGUCAAGGCGGCGAAAGAAAUGAAGGAACGAAUCAAGGGUCUUGUCGGAGAUGGUCUGGAAAAGAAACUCAUCCUAGGAACAUUCCACUCGGUUGCUCGACGCUUUCUCGUCUCUUAUGGCAAUUUGAUCGGGAUUGAGAAGAAUUUCGGUAUUGCCGACAUGUCCGACAGCAAGGCUAUCAUCACCCGUAUCAUCAAGCGUCAAGGCUUCUCUAUCGAACCAGGAGCCGCAGGAGCCAGGAUAUCCAGUCUCAAAGCCAAGAGUAUGAGCGCUGAACAGUACGCAAUCACUCGCAAGGCCGCCGAGCAAGAAUUCAGUGCUGUCUAUUCUGAAUACGAGGAAGCACUACGAACCUCCAACUUGCUGGACUAUGACGACCUACUCCUUCGUUGUGCUCAGCUUCUUCGGGAACAUCCUCAGUGUGUCUCGAACAUCGAGGCUGUUCUCAUUGACGAGUUUCAAGACACGAACAGCGUACAGUUUGAACUCAUGUGCUUGUUUUCUCGAUUCAAAAAGAAUGUCACUAUCGUUGGCGACCCCGAUCAGAGUAUCUAUGGUUGGCGAAAUGCUGAAAUCAAGAACCUCGAACGCAUGGAGAAACGAUUCCCAGGAACGGACGUGAUUCAUUUGGAGGAAAAUUACAGAUCAGCAGGAGCAAUUCUUCAAUCGGCUCAAAAGGUCAUUGAGCAAGAUGAGAGCAGACCAUCCAAGGCUCUCAAACCCACUUUCGGUAUUGGAGACCGUCCGGUCCUUCGCAAACUUCCUACUGCAGAUGCGGAAGCGAAAUGGCUGGUUUCGGAGAUCAGGAGAACGCAAGCUUUAAGUGCAGACUUGUUGAAGUUCAACGAUUUUGCAGUCUUACUCCGUUCGGCAGCUGUCUCCAGACAUAUCGAAUCAGCGCUCGGUAACUCUGGCAUACCAUAUCGCAUGGUUGGUGGAACUAAAUUCUUUGAUCGUAUUGAGGUCAAGAUGAUAUUGGACUACCUCCGCAUCAUCAAUCAGCCAGAUCAUAACGAUGCACUGCUGCGUGUCAUCAACGUACCAACUCGCGGUGUUGGCGAUGUCACAGUCAAAGGCUUGAUGGACGAAGCAGAAAGGAAGCGCAGCAGUUUGUGGAAGAUAGUCCUCGACAGCGUCCAAGGAAAAACACGAUCAGAUACUAAACUCUCCGCUCAGGCAUCGAAGGGUCUGACAGAUCUGGUCAACCUUGUUCUGACUGGCCAGAAAAAGCUCACUGGCAAGGAUGAUCAGCAAGCAUCUCCGUUCGACUUGGUCGAAUAUCUCAUCAAGAAGCUGGAACUCUCAAAAUACCUGCAAAAAAGGUACCCAGACGAUUACGAAACUCGAUGGGCCAAUAUUGAAGAGCUCAAAGCACAAACGGCGGAUUUGACGGCUGCCAUGGCACAAGGCGAGGAGUUUGUUGAAGAGGAAGUUCUUCCAGAGAUUGACGGCUUGGAACAGCGUCUUAUCAACGCUAACGAGGAUGCAUUGACUCUCUUCCUUGCAAAUAUUGCGCUCUCAAGCGAAGUCCAACGCAAGCAAGAUGAGAACCCUGAUGAGACUCAACAACAUGUUACUAUCUCAACUAUCCAUGCAGCAAAGGGCCUUGAAUGGCCUGUUGUAUUCAUCCCCGCCUGCUACGAAGGCUCAAUACCUCACUCAAGAGCUGAUGAUAUUGAUGAGGAACGACGACUUCUAUAUGUCGGUAUGACCAGAGCCCAAGCCCUGUUGUAUCUGAGUUGUCCCAACAAGAACAGUCAGUCAGGAGAAACAACCAUGUCUCACUUCCUCACACAAAGAGGAAUAGAGGCUUUUUUCGAGACACAAGGACCUAAGCUCUAUGACGAUGCAGUCAACGAACUCGCCAGGACAUUGAGAAGAGAAAAGCCUGACUUGAAACAGCUCAUCGAGGCACGCAGUGGUUACGAAACACCCGAAGACACUCACUAUCCAUUGGACGGCACUUUCCCUAAGAGUGAAAAUGCAAGAUGGGACCAAGGAAAGAAUAUCGAUUUCAAGGAAGGAUUAUACGCAAACAAACGACGCAGGACAGAUGAUCAGUCAGGCGGUCCUAUGGUACCUGUAGCUGGAUUUAUGCCAGCCUCGAAAGUAACAAUGCAGAACCCAGCAGGCUUCUCAACAGCCUCGAUGUCAAUACCACCGAAGAUCACCACAGCUGCUUCACGAAUGGAGGAAUUGGAAGCAGCACAAUCAGAAGCCAGACUCCGCGACAUCGACGCACGAAAAGCGGCACCAGCACCGAUCAAGAGGACCAAAGCCGCCCAAGGAUCAGCUAACAUAAUGUCCUUCUUCGGCAAACCAAAGGUCGCGACGGAUGCAGCACCACACCCAGCAACUCUGACCCGCACAUCCAGCGUGCCAGAAACACAAAUAGCGCCCAAACCACCAGCAUCCAUGCCCCGUUACGUUUCUAACCCAUUAAACGACAUCUCAAACGUGUCUUCACGAGACCCACAACGAAACGCAAUACCACCAACAAAACCAAUCCAACUCCCAAAUUUCAAAUUGCGCACCACACCUUUAACGACAAAACCCACAACUACAAAACGAGUUGAGCAAGACGUAACAACAGCACCUUCGUUUUCAAAACCGUAUACGUUUCUCUCGAGCCCUCCACCACCGGAACCGCCAUCUUCACCACCAGACCAAGAGGUGAUACGUCCAGGAGGAGGAGGAGAACGAAUAGAAACAUUCAGACCGGCUACUACAUUCCAUGCGACCAGUGUUACGCAGGUGGGCAAUAAGAUUGGCACUGGACGUAGAUUGGGUAUGGGGAGGAGUUUCAAACCUUGGAGCGCUAGAGGCGGUCGAGGUGGAUGAUUGUGAUGUGAAGGAAAGGUGUUUUGUUGCUUUGUGGCGUUGAAGAAGGCUUGUCUUGAUGUUCGGAUAUGGGGCAUGGGUAUGCGUACAGGAGGGUGCCUAGGAAAGGUUGCAUGCAUUGCUUUGGGUAUGGGUGGCUUGGUCACUCACGAAUAUGGUGGAUAAGACUGCAUUGUUUUGGGAAGGGGUUUGGUAUUCUUUUUGAUCAACGGCAAUAGAAUGUGCUUCAUGCUGCUGCUUCUCUUUCGACCCCUGUGUCUUGUACUG